UUCGAUUUUCCCUGAUGCGGCUAGAGGAUGGUCGCGUUGGCUUUAAGCCAUGGCUGGUCCCUAGCCUGCAUCCCAACUUGGAGGAUGGUAUUUGCUGUGUGAUUAUUUAUUGGCUCUGAGCACCUUUUCAACUCCCCCCUCUUUCUCUUCCUUCGGCUACUCCAGACAAAUUAGUAGCCAGACGAGCAAUACUUUGUCACGCUGUUCGUCGCGUCCCCGUCAAAACCCCAAGUAGUCUCAUCCCGUGCCAUUGGAAUGGCAUUUUUUUUUACACCACGGAGCUCAUCGUCACCCCCCGACGAUGAGCUCGCGGUACCUGGAAGUCCAUAUCGUCGCGACCAUCCCAAUGCAAUGUCAAGCUUUAACUGUCCCGUGCGGACUUCCCCUCCUUCUGAUCCGUCAACAUCGUCCAACGGGGCCAGAAGGUUUCCCUCCCCUGGGAGGGGGGACACCGGGACCUCCGGCGUCGCAGCCAACAUGUUUGGCUCCGCCACCGCCAAUACGUUGGGCUACCACUUCAACACGUCCACCUACUUCGCUCACUUGAAUGGUUACAUGGGAUCGAACAUUUCAUCCAACAGAGACUUUCCCUACCGCAGCGAGGAAGCUACUACCACCCAGUCCAUGAUGGACGAUAUAACACGGCAGCAAGACUACCAUCCAACUGCUGAUCCCAUACAUUACGGUUCCUAUUGCGAGCUUCAACCUAGCUCGGGCUAUGGUGACCCUGUCCACAACCCUCUAAGCUGGUAUGGUGCUGAGUACCACAACGCCGCACAGGGAGGCGUCGACGCGUGGUAUCCCAGUACUCCGGUUACAGGAGGCAAUCCCUCACCAUCCGAUAUACCACCAACUAUCCAGAUGGCUGUACUCCUGAUCGACCCCAAUAUGUCUUCCCCAGCACAGAUACAUCCUCCAGCUCCUACCAUGAGCCAUUCUCCUACCACCGUGAACCUGAAUCAUCCGCCCAUUAUCCUGGGGUGUAUCAUGGCUCGUGGCCACGAUGCGAGGACCAUGCCAUCUGUGAUCCGCAAGUAGUUGGUUCUAGUUUGCCAGAACAACCAGACCCGUCUAUGGCACCUUUACCUUUUGCUGCAAUAUUUUCACCUCCCUACGUAGGUCAUGGAGACGAUAUAAGUAACCCUUC